AUGCUGUGCCGAAUCACUCUGGGACUCUCCAGGUCCAAUCCAACUAUUCGCCUGAUGUCGACCUUCAAUAGCAAUCUCAAUGUCCAGGGGACCUCUUUCAACAUCGCCUUGAUUCAACUUGGAGGAAUUGGGGCAGAUAAACCAGCCAACUUGACAAAAGCCCGGGCGAAGAUCGCUGAUGCCGUGCGUGGAAACGAUCCGGCGCGAAAGCCGCAAGUGGUCGUCCUGCCAGAAAUCUUCAACAGCCCCUAUGGCUCAGGCUACUUUGAUAAGUAUGCCGAGGUGAUCGGAUGGCAUGAAUCGAAGGGCGCAGAUUGGGACGUCAACAAGUGUGAGAGUCCGAGUAUCAAGAUGCUCAGCUCAGCCGCCAAGGAGGAGCAGGUUUGGUUGUUUGGUGGAUCGAUCCCUGAGAGAAGUCCACAUGAUCCAAAGAUCCUUUACAAUUCCGCACCCGUCUUCCAACCGGAUGGGAAACUGGUUGCCUUACAUCGCAAGCUACAUUUAUUCGAUAUCGAUAUCCCCAACAAAAUCACUUUCAAAGAGAGCGAGACCCUAUCAGCUGGUCAAGACCCGGUCACCAUAGUCGAAACUCCUUUUGGGAAAAUUGGACUAGGAAUUUGCUAUGAUAUUCGUUUCCCAGAAAUGGCGAUGAUUGCUGCACGCCGAGGCUGCAUCGCUAUGAUCUAUCCUGGAGCUUUUAAUCUCACAACGGGCCCAUUGCACUGGGAGUUACUCCAAAGGGCACGGGCGGUUGAUAAUCUGAUUUAUGUGUCAGCAUGCUCACCAGCGCGUAAUCCUUCAAGUGAAUACCAAGCUUGGGGACACUCAAGCAUCGUUGAUCCCAUGGGUCUGGUGAAAGCCACCUGCGAUGAAACAGAGUCCAUCAUACAUGGUAGGAUUGAUAUCGAUGAGCUUAUCGCAGCACGAAAAGGUUUGCCCGUCACUACCCAGAGGCGCUUCGACGUGUACCCGGAUGUUUCCAAACCUCUAUAGAAACCGAAACAAUGAUAUUCAUCUGUGGAACAUGUCCAUUGAGGACAAAACUAGUAUGGCUUGGGCAAGUGGCACUCCGGCCCAUUUUUUCUUGUAUUCCUGCUCAUCCAA